GCGUGCGCCCGCACGUUUGUUAUUAUUUUGGUCCCGUUAGGUCAACCUGCACCUGCCGCCAGGUUCCGUGUCCCGUCCCGUCGUAGGGUUGUUGCAUUUGUGUGGGUGCGUCAUUCGCGAGUGUGAAGGUGGAAGAAGAAAAAAGUCCUAAUUUCUAACAGCGUAAUAAGUUCGGGCACACAACCGGUGUUCCGUCUAGCUUGCUCCACCCCGAGACGAUCGCGUCCCAAAUGGCCAGUUCCUUUCCGCCACAGUGGAAGCAACGUUUCGUGACCAUUGGAAGCGCGUCGACUGCUGCCAUCCGCUACACCGACCGUGAACUAGAGCGCCGCAGCGAGUACUGACUUGGCGGGCGGUUUCGACUCCGGAUUUCAACAGGUUUUCGAGGAUGGACGCUUCUGCCGGCGGUGGCGGAGACUCCACUGGUAAGGGGGAGGACGAAGACGAGAGUUCCUCGUCGUCCGUAGAUGGGGGUGUUCAGACGACGCUGGACGAGUUCCGGGAGAGGUGGCAGCAGGAGCUGAAGAAGGAACCGGGAGCGGCGCAGAACGUGGCGGUCGCGGAACAGGAUCAGAACCAGAACCUUUCGGUUGAGCAGAGGGCGCGGGCGCUGUUCCUGGAAGGCUCGGAGAUGGAACGCAUCGGGAAGGUUUUCGAGGCGAUGCGACUCUACCGCAGGGCGGUUCAGUUGGUUCCGGAUAUCGAAUUUAGGGUGUACGAGAAGCGCACUCCGGCUAAGCAGGCUUCGGGUGAUGUUAGCGCUUCUUCCGAAAUUGACGCCCUGUCCAAUGAGCUGUUGGAGGUCACCCUCGACGAGGACGAUGAAAAUCUGGAAAACGUAGACAUGGUGCUGCGCUUCCAGAACUUGCUGGCCAAGUCGCGCAAACUGUUCGAGAGGGCGUCCGGCGAUCGGGGUCUGAUCGUGACUUCUGCGCAUUUUUCUGAUUUGCCGAUGGAGGUCAUUCUGUACAUUUUGCGCUGGGUCGUGUCGUCGGAUUUAGAUCUUCGCUCGAUGGAGCGGUUUGGGCGCGUCUGUCGUGGAUUCUACCUGCUGGCGCGGGAUCCGGAAAUUUGGCGCCGGGCGUGCGUUAGGCUGUGGGGUGUCAACGUGGGCAACCUGAAAGGUUCCCCGUUCGCCAGCUGGCGCGAGAUGUACAUCAACCGGCCGCGCGUCCACUUCCACGGGUGCUACAUCAGCCGAACGAGCUAUCUCCGGUACGGCGAAAACAGCUUCCAGGACCAGUUCUACCGGCCGGUCCAGCUGGUCGAGUACUACCGGUACUUCCGCUUCUUCGCCGACGGAUCCGUCCUGAUGCUGACCAGCGCCGAAGAGCCGCAGAGUUGCGUCGGAAAGCUGAAGCCCCGCUCGCCAGUCCAGAACGAGAUCCUCAAGGGACACUACCGCCUCCGCAACGACGAGCUCAUCAUCGCCGUCCAGCGCAAGCGGUCGAACGUGCAGAGUCAGCGGCCCGGCCGCAAGAAGGAAAUCGAGGCGGAGUUUGGCCAGCAAACGCUGUACCUGGAGCUGGGCAUCGUGAGCACGGCCAAGCGGGCCUUCUCGCAGCUGCACUGGCGCCAGUACUCGAUGGUUCAGCUGCGCAACAACCAGGAAACGACGACCACGUUCGAGCUGAACUCGUCCAAGUAUCCGACGUUGUUCUUUUCGCGCGUCAAAAGCUACCACCAAGAGUCGGAGGGGCCGCUCAAGUGAGCUAACAGUACACAACAGAUGUUUUUUUUUGUAUGAAUUUCUUCUUUAUUCGGUUACUUAUUAUGACAAAAUUGUGGAUUACAAAAGGUUAAUAAAGGUAUAUAAUAGCUCUAUCCGUAUAAAUGUUUAAAAACAUAAAGUCUAUUCUUAUAAAAUAAAGCGCAAAUGACUUUGCACAUCAAA